AUGCUUAGUUUCAAAUGGUUAACACUUCUUUUACUUUCAAUUAACAUUUUUGCGCAAAACCAUAAACUUCGUGAGUUAAUAGAAAAAGUUUAUGGACAAAGUGAUUCAGCAGAACUCUAUUUCAUCGAAAUUGAUGAUGAAUUCUUAAUCGAGUUUAUGAAAACUGAGGUUUUCACACCAAUAUCAACUUUUAAUGCUGAUUUCACUGAUAUUUUUCGACAGAGGAACAAUAUUUUUAUUGUAUUCCAAGUUUCAGAAGAAGGCAAAAACUUUUCGAAACUGCUACGAAAUCUCAUCGAAAGUGUUCAAAUUAGAAAGUUUGUUAUCAUAUCAGCUAAAACCUUGAAGAGCUUAAUACAAUAUUUUUAUUUUUUUGCUGAAAAUAAAUUUACAAGAAUUUUUGGAAUAAUUGAUAACACGUCAUCUUAUGCAUACCUUCCCUACGCUGAUCAACCAGUUCAACAAAUUGUCGAUAGUACCAGUAUUCUUCCAGAUGCCUUGAAAAAUUUAAAUGGCUUUGCCUUGCGUACAUCGUUUAAUGAAGAAUUUCCAAGAACUUUUCGGUAUCCAAAUAAAAAAGGACAAAAAAGUAUUGGAGGACAAUUUGGUCAAAUAAUUGUACAAUUCUUAAAAAGGCAUAAUGCAACUUAUAAGGAAACAUUGAUAGACAAUUCCAUAAUUGCUCCUUCGGAAAUUUCAAGAAAUCUUUUAUUAAAUAACGAAAUUGAUCUAACGAUGAAUGUUCAUUCAGCAAAAAAAGAUGUGGAUAUAAGUUAUCCAGUAACAAUUGAAGAACAUGUUAUAAUGGUUCCCGUCAAUGGCCUUCUUUCACCGCAUGAGUACUUUCAAAGGCCAUUUCAAGCUGCAGUAUGGAUGAGCAUUUUAUUUUUCAUAAUCUUUAUCACAGUUACUAAGAUGGUAAUUGAUAAAAUAGCAACUUCAAGGGUGGAUAUUUGGUCAAGUUUCAGUGACUCUUAUCUAACUAUGUUGAAUUUACCUACAGAAAAACCAAUAACUUCAAACUAUCGUUUCUACUUGGUUGUGUUUUUGUUUGCUUUUAUAAUUGGAAGAUUGUAUGGAACUUACUUUCAAUCAUUUCUAACAGUUUUCAUCAAAAUUAAACAAUUUGAAACAAUUCAAGACCUCAUCGAUAGUAAUAUUCCAGUAAUGAUUUCAAUUGAUCGAUGGGAAAAAAUAAAAAACAAUUCAUAUCCAGAAGGUCUUGAAAAAAUAAUUCUACCAACAAAUUUUUCAAUAGCGGUUCCAAUUUUUAUGACAAUGCGAAACACAAGUUAUGCCUAUGUAACAGGUGAAGAUAGAUGUCAAUUCUAUAUUGGUUUUCAAUCAUUAUUUCGAAAAAGCUUAUUUCGAAGAGCUCAAGAAACCAUUAAUAGUAACUUUUUGGGAUAUAUGUUGCCGCAUAAUUCUCCAUUCAAAGAAAUUUUGAAUCAGUUCAUAAUUGAAAUAAGACAAACUGGUUUGAUGCAGAAAUGGGAUUCAGAUGUUGUUUAUCAAGCAAAGGCUGCUGAAUUUGGUGCAACAAUUUAUAAGGAAUACGUUUAUAAAGAUGUUCAUGCUCCAUUGAAAUUAUAUCAAUUGCAGUUUGCCUGGAAAUUUUUAAUGUUUGGUUUGAAUUUCCAACAAGAGAAGUGUCUGGGAACACCAACACCAAUCAAUUCUCUUGAUUCUGUAGAAUCAAAGUGGGCAGGGACAUCUAUUGAUCAAUUGAUCAAUGCCAGCAAGUAA